CCAUCUGCACUUCCAAUGCAAACAUAUUAAUUAAACCCGUUUAGCUUUCGCCCUUUCAAAGCACCACACACUCAUCCCAUCUCCACAAAAUUUCAAUUCCAAUCUCCAAACGACGAUUCUUCUCUCUGCGAUUACCGUACCUAAGAAGAAGAAACGACAAUCCAUCUUCCAAGUCCUAGAACCGCACAUGGCGGCACCGACGACGACGACCACAACGACAACGACGUUUAUAUCGCCGACGCAGAGGUACGCUGCAGGAGCAUUGUUCGGCCUGGCUCUUCACGAGGCUCAGAUUAACCAAACCCAACCGUUACCCUUACCCGUUUCGGAAGACUCACUCUCCAAUGAACGAACCAGUAGUAGCUCCAGCAGCAGCGAUUCAGUUUCCGAAGACCCGGAUCUUUGGGUCAACAGCAAUUCGGGUUUGCUCCGACCCGUUUUUAAGUUUCUAGAUAUUGAUUCUGCUGCGUGGCUUGGACUAGAGGAAACCGCUGGUUCUUCUUCAGCAACGCAUCAUGUGGGACCAUUCCUAAGGUUACUUUCACAAGAAUGUGACGAUGGUUCUUCUUCUCAAAGGUUAGAUCAAGAACUUGCAUUGUCAGGAGCGGUUGACGCUAUAGUACAUAGCAUGGAACAAAACUCGGAGUCUUCUGAGUCUAAAAGAGUGAAGCUUCACGAAUAUGAACAUAAGUGUCGCGAAAAAAUUUCGGGUGCUGGUGUUGAACCUCAUUGUGAAAAGGCGGAUGCGCAUUUGGAGGUUCAAGAGGAGACGGAUACUGCUUCUUUACUUGAUUGCAAAGAGCCGCAGCAGGAAUCUGUUGAUUGUAAAAUUGAUGAGAGACCGAUUGAGGAAGUGAUGAUGCUGAGUGAUCAGAGGAAGGUGACGGUUCUUUAUGAAAUUCUAUCUGCUUGUCUGUCGGAUUUGGGCGGAGAUAACGAGAAGUCUACGCGGAGGAGGAAGGGCUAUGAUGCCCGACAUCGUGUGGCUCUGCGGUUGCUAGCUACUUGGCUUGAUGUCAAGUGGAUAAAAAUGGAGGCCAUUGAGACCAUGGUUGCUUGUUCUGCAAUGGCUUUUAUUAAAGGGCAAGAAUCCAAGAAAGAAGACUCUCAAUCAAAAGAAAGCAAGUGGGCUAAAUUUAAGCGUGGUGGUAUAAUUGGCGCUGCUGCAAUAACUGGGGGAACCUUGUUGGCCAUUACUGGUGGGUUAGCUGCACCAGCAAUUGCUGCAGGUCUGAGUGCCUUGGCUCCAACUUUGGGUACUCUGAUCCCUGUAAUCGGAGCAAGUGGAUUUGCUGCAGCUGCUGGUGCUGCAGGAACUGUUGCUGGUUCUGUUGCUGUAGCUGCAUCAUUUGGAGCUGCUGGAGCUGGACUUACAGGAAGCAAAAUGGCUAGGAGAGUCGGGGGUGUGGAUGAGUUUGAAUUCAAAGCUAUAGGACAAAACCAUAACCAAGGCAGGCUAGGGGUUGAGAUCUUGGUCUCUGGAUUUGUCUUUGAGAAGGAAGAUUUUGUAAGGCCAUGGGAAGGACAGAAUGACAACUUGGAGAGGUAUGCACUGCAGUGGGAAUCCAAGAAUCUGAUUGCUGUGAGCACUGCAAUUCAAGAUUGGCUUACUUCAAGACUUGCAAUGGAGCUGAUGAAGCGAGGGGCAAUGAUGACCGUUUUAAGUGCACUUGUAACUGCUUUGGCUUGGCCAGCUGCAUUACUUGCAGCAACUGAUUUCAUAGACAGUAAAUGGACAAUUGCUAUUAACAGAUCAGACAAAGCGGGUAAGUUGCUUGCUGAAGUACUAAUAAAAGGAUUGCAGGGAAAUAGGCCUGUGACACUUAUUGGCUACUCGCUUGGAGCAAGAGUUAUUUUCAAGUGCCUACAGUGUUUGGCUAAAACAGAAAAUAGCGCCGAACUAGUUGAAAGAGUUGUACUUCUUGGAGCACCCAUCCCAAUCAAGGAUGAGAACUGGGAAGCAGCUAGAAAGAUGGUAGCAGGAAGAUUUGUAAAUGCUUAUUCUAGGAAUGACUGGAUGCUUGGAGUUGCCUUCCGUGCCAGUUUACUUACGAAAGGAUUAGCUGGAAUCCAACCAAUUGACAUUCCUGGGAUCCAAAAUGUCGAUGUGACAGAUCACAUUGAAGGCCAUUCGUCUUAUCUAUGGGCUACCCAAAAGAUCUUAGAUCAGCUUCAAUUGGAUACGUCUUAUCCUGUAUAUAACUACAUUUCUUGCAUACAGUGAAACCCCUCGUUUCAGCUGUGUUUCUCCCUUUACAUUUCUUCUAUCAGCUGUUGAGGAGUUGCAGCGAAUGCCGGCCCUCAGUUGCUUUAAAGUCGGA